AUGAAAUUACUGAGGGUUUCCAACUCAGAUUCCCAUCAACAGAAAACGGACAAAUCAACUUUAAUUAAAUUAAUUAAAAAAUUAAUGGCAAAAUGGAGACGAAAGAUGAGUGAAAAUGUCCUUUAUUUCGGGAUGAUUUUUAUUCCGCCCUCUCUUUGUAAAUCUAAGGCGACAAUCACUCGAGCACCUCAUUUGAAAAGAUUAUUUGCUGCAUAUUCAUUAAAUGUCAUAAUAAAUCAAGACACAAUCAAGGAACGAAAAGUUGCGGAAAAUUCAAUUUGUUACACGAAAAUGCUCAACAGCGCGUUCUCGUUCCCGCAUUAA